AUUAGAAAUUACUGAAACUUCUCUCAACGUUCCAGUAAUCAGUGAACGCCAUUUCCCCUUUUUAUAACAAUUUGAAAAUAGCCAUAAUAUUUUUUCUCCACCUGUAUCUUAGAGCAGCAAGGAAAGGCAAAAAUGGCAGACAUAUUCAGAAAAGGUGAAGUGACAAAGCUGUUAUCUAACCGCAGUGUUUUGAUGUUAGGAGAUUCAAAUAUGCGGUCUAUAUACAGAGAUCUCAUUUACUUGCUAGUAUACGGGGGAAUUAUUCCAGCAGAGAUGCUAAGGAGACCUAAGCCGCGACGUGCAGGCCACUGUGGAGACAGAGUGAUUGAGUUGUCGAGGGAAGAUACGGCUGGACGUGACUUUGUUGAAGUCCGUGCCUUUGAGUGUGAUGGCUUGUGUAUUCGAUACAGCUUCAUCACAAAAGUUUAUUCCUCUAUUGUAAGGAGAGAAUUAAAAGCCAUUGAGGAUGGAGAAGCACCAAUUCCACAUGUGGUGAUCAUGAACUCCUGCAUUUGGGAUUUAACACGCUGGGGAGCCAAGCAAGAAGAUAAGUACAAGAAGAAUAUGGUUGACUUAUUUCAACAUCUGCGUUGUCUGCUGCCAGAUGACACCCUUAUGAUAUGGCUCACAACACUGCCGGUGUCCACAGAGAAGAUCAGAGGAGGUGUUAUGAUAAAGCAGUUGGAGUUCGUGCAGCACAGUAUGGAGUUCAUGAUAAUGGAAGCAAAUAAAUUUGCUCAAGAAUUGUGCAUGGCAUUUGAUUUUAACUUACUUGACUUGCAUUACUAUAUGCGGUUUCAGCUUCAGAGGCGAACAAAAGAUGGCCUCCACUGGGAACCUCCAGCUGUGAGGAUGAUGACCAAUUUCAUCCUUUCACAUAUAGCUCUGAGUUUUGGCAAAACCCUUCCUGGUAAUACCAGAUCUGUUCUUUUGAAAGAAGCAGUAUGCCUAGCAAGAGAGGCAAAAUCCUCUUCAGAAGACAAGCCAGAAAUCAAUUUGGAUCAAGAGAUAAGGAAAACAAUUUUGAAUGUGCAAAAACAGUCAGAUCCAUAUCAGAAACUAAACAGGAACCAUGAAGGCCGACGCAAAGUUACAAAAAGAGUCAAGUCCCAUGGCAGACGCUCUCUGAGAAAGGACAGUGACCACCCUGAGAAGUCAUCAGUACAAAAUAUUAAACCAUAUAGCUCUGGCCUUGACAGAGCACCUGUUAGCAAGGGGAGUGAGCAUGUUAAAGAAGUCACUACGUGUUACAGUGAGCGCACUUCGAAGUUCCAUAACUGUCUGGCAGGCAAAUAUAGCACGCGUCGACCACCUUUAGUUCCUAACAAUACAUAUGAAUAGCAAUAUUUUACAGCUGGUGAAGGUUAUGGGACAUAUUCAUAUUUAUCACAGUACAUGUUACUUCUAGUGCAGAACCUGCACAGUAAUAUGUUACCUCAUACUCUGAACCAAUACAUUAAGAUUUGGGUUAAUACUGCUCAUAUGUUCAGUGAUUUGUUGCGAGGAUAUUCUCGAGAAGAAAACAUUUAAACAACUAAGAUUCCCAUUUCAAAACUCUUCACAACCUACGUAUCCACAGAUGAAUUCCAUAUCCACCAUGAUACCAUAAUCAGCAGAUUCCUUAUCAGCAUAGUGGUGGCUACUUUUGAUUCCACCUUUUUUAAAUCCCAUGCCAGUAGAAUAAUUUUAUUUUGAUUGAUUUUCUUUUCUUUUCUUUUCUUGAGGAAUUCAUUUUGUAUUGAAAUAAUAUUAGCAAUUAAAAGGCAAACGUUAUGUUACCUCCAGUAUUCAGUGUUGAAUAUUACGUAUGGUUUAUUUACUUUUCUUUUUUUUGUAAUAUGGUUACAAGAGUAGUAUAUUUCUUUUAGUAAAAUGUAUGUUUACUUUUGAUUUGUUGGUCAGUGAUUGCUUAGCUCUAUUCGAGAUAAAGGUUGAAUAGUCUGAAAUGUAUGAUUACCACUUUUGUUCCAAAUAGAUAAGAUGAACAUUUUGGGUGGUUUUCAUUUUGAGAAAUAAUUAGAGAGAGAGAGAAAGAAAUUAAGUAUACUCGAGAGUGACACAAAUGUUAUGGGGUGCACAUUAUUUUUGUCAGUCUGAGAGUA